AUGAGCAUGACAUAACAUCCGGAGAAUAGCCGUGUCAACAUUUAAUUGCUGCUAAGAAGCGCAAGCCCACCUCUUCUGUUACUGCCCAUACCGUCCUGUACAGUCGUCGCAAUCAUGUCGACGCCAGAGUACCUGACAGGCAAGAAGGAGGCUCUCGGAGAAUUCAUAGCCAAGUACGAUGUCUUCCUCUUCGACUGCGAUGGCGUCCUCUGGUCCGGCGACCAUUUAUUUCCCGGCGUCCCCGAGACGUUGGACCUCCUACGGUCGCAGAAGAAGCGCAUCGUCUUCGUGACCAACAACUCGACCAAGUCAAGACAAGACUACAGAAAGAAGUUGGAGUCAAUGGGCAUCCCAGCCACCGUCGAAGAAGUAUUCGGCUCGUCAUACUCGGCGAGUAUCUACAUAUCGCGCAUCCUCCCGCAAUCGCAUCCCGAAGUCAAGAAGCGCAAUAAAGUCUUUGUCGUCGGCGAGGCAGGUAUCGAGACGGAGCUGGAUUCCGAGGGCAUACCGCAUAUCGGCGGGACCGAUCCGAAAUACAGACGCGAGGUCACGCCCGAAGAUUAUAAACUCCUGGCAAAGGGUGAUCCGUCGGUUCUCGACCCAGAUGUCGGCGUGGUGUUGUUUGGUCUGGACUUCCACUUUAAUUAUCUCAAGAUGUGCUAUGCGUAUCACUAUAUCCAGCGGGGCGCGGUAUUCCUUGCGACGAACAUGGAUUCGACGCUGCCUAGUGCCGGAGCGCUGUUCCCUGGUGCAGGAUCGAUAAGCGCUCCGUUGGUGAAGAUGCUGGGAGGAAAGGAGCCUAUGAGUUUUGGGAAACCGAAUCAGGCGAUGAUGGAUGCUAUUGAGGGGAAAUUUCAGUUUGAUCGGGCCAAGGCUUGUAUGGUUGGGGAUCGAGCGAAUACGGAUAUCAAAUUCGGAUUGGAAGGGAAGCUAGGAGGCACGUUGGCUGUGUUGACGGGCGUGUCUACGAAGGAGGAGUUUCUGGAAGGUGAUACGAGACCGGCAUUCUAUGUGGAUAAGUUGUCGGAUCUGCUGGAGGGAGCUUGAGCACCACACCACAUGGUUGAGAUCGAAGAGAACGGUUCAAAGUGGUGGGAGUCUGAUAGAGCUUUCGAGGGUUUGCUUGCAGUGACAGCGGCCGCAUACGUGAUACCUUAGCUUGGAUAGUCACCUUCGCAUCCAUCGGUGCCUCGAGGGUCAAUAGAGAAGGCCGCUUUGCGAUAUCA